AUGGCUUUUUAUAACAACAGUAUUGGCAACCAGAAUGGUGGCAACCAAAAUGCAAACGGCAAGCCUAUUGAAAUGCGCGGCCAAAAUAACAGACACGCCCGAGGCCACCGCAGAGAACCAACUAAGAAGCCUGCUACGCAGCAGCACCCUCGCGAGCCCAGGGCAAACAACCAACACCUCGAGGAGCCCUACCACUCAAGAAGGAGGGUCUUCAAUCAAACAUCUAGCGCGCUGGAGGGACCCCGUCGAGGCCGGCGUGGCCAAAUGCGCCUGGCGCCGGGGGACAAAGAUAUUGAAAUGGCAGAUGCACCCUCCCUCGAAAUACCUGAACCCAAAGACAUCAUCAUGCGGGACGCACCAGUCCCCAGAAGGGUCCGCCGCAAGAAAGAACGGCGUCUAUGGCAAAUGGAGGCUCUGAUCCAGCAAUUCCAGCGCUGCAAACUCGAACACCGAGCCCAGAGGGACAAGGACAACGAUGUUAUCAUGGGCGAAGCCCCCCCUCUGGUGUACUAA